AUGGUGCGAUGUGAGGUGUGUCUGUCUGUAGUGCCAGUGGUGUGUGUCAGUGGAUGGUUGUGUGUCCGUAUGGUGCGAUGUGAGGUGUGUCUGUCUGUAGUGUCAGUGGUGUGUGUCAGUGGAUGGUUGUGUGUCCGUAUGGUGCGAUGUGAGGUGUGUCUGUCUGUAGUGUCAGUGGUGUGUGUCAGUGGAUGGUUGUGUGUCCGUAUGGUGCGAUGUGAGGUGUGUCUGUCUGUAGUGUCAGUGGUGUGUGUCAGUGGAUGGUUGUGUGUCCGUAUGGUGCGAUGUGAGGUGUGUCUGUCUGUAGUGCCAGUGGUGUGUGUCAGUGGAUGGUUGUGUGUCCGUAUGGUGCGAUGUGAGGUGUGUCUGUCUGUAGUGUCAGUGGUGUGUGUCAGUGGAUGGUUGUGUGUCCGUAUGGUGCGAUGUGAGGUGUGUCUGUCUGUAGUGUCAGUGGUGUGUGUCAGUGGAUGGUUGUGUGUUCGUAUGGUGCGAUGUGAGGUGUGUCUGUCUGUAGUGUCAGUGGUGUGUGUCAGUGGAUGGUUGUGUGUCCGUAUGGUGCGAUGUGAGGUGUGUCUGUCUGUAGUGUCAGUGGUGUGUGUCAGUGGAUGGUUGUGUGUUCGUAUGGUGCGAUGUGAGUGUCAGUGGUGUGUGUCAGUGGAUGGUUGUGUGUCCGUAUGUGGAUGGUUGUGUGUCCGUAUGGUGCGAUGUGAGGUGUGUCUGUCUGUAGUGUCAGUGGUGUGUGUCAGUGGAUGGUUGUGUGUCCGUAUGGUGCGAUGUGAGGUGUGUCUGUCUGUAGUGUCAGUGGUGUGUGUCAGUGGAUGGUUGUGUGUCCGUAUGGUGCGAUGUGAGGUGUGUCUGUCUGUAGUGUCAGUGUGGAUGGUUGUGUGUCCGUAUGGUGAGGUGUGUCUGUCUGUAGUGUCAGUGGUGUGUGUCAGUGGAUGGUUGUGUGUUCGUAUGGUGCGAUGUAAGUGUCAGUGGUGUGUGUCAGUGGAUGGUUGUGUGUCCGUAUGGUGCGAUCUGAGUGGAUGGUUGUGUGUCCGUAUGGUGCGAUGUGAGGUGUGUCUGUCUGUAGUGUCAGUGGUGUGUGUCAGUGGAUGGUUGUGUGUCCGUAUGGUGCGAUCUGAGGUGUGUCUGUCUGUAGUGUCAGUGGUGUGUGUCAGUGGACGGUUGUGUGUCCGUAUGGUGCGAUGUAAGGUGUGUCUGUCUGUAGUGUCAGUGGUGUGUGUCAGUGGAUGGUUGUGUGUCCGUAUGGUGCGAUCUGAGGUGUGUCUGUCUGUAGUGUCAGUGGUGUGUGUCAGUGGAUGGUUGUGUGUCCGUAUGGUGAGUGUCAGUGGUGUGUGUCAGUGGAUGGUUGUGUGUCCGUAUGGUGAGGUGUGUCUGUCUGUAGUGUCAGUGGUGUGUGUCAGUGGAUGGUUGUGUGUCCGUAUGGUGCGAUGUGAGGUGUGUCUGUCUGUAGUGUCAAUGGUGUGUGUCAGUGGAUGGUUGUGUGUUCGUAUGGUGCGAUGUGAGGUGUGUCUGUCUGUAGUGUCAGUGGUGUGUGUCAGUGGUAGGUUGUGUGUUCGUAUGGUGCGAUGUGAGGUGUGUCUGUCUGUAGUGUCAGUGGUGUGUGUCAGUGGAUGGUUGUGUGUCCGUAUGGUGCGAUGUGAGGUGUGUCUGUCUGUAGUGUCAGUGGUGUGUGUCAGUGGAUGGUUGUGUGUCCGUAUGGUGAGGUGUGUCUGUCUGUAG